AUGGGUCCGCUGAUCAGCACGGUGCCCUGCCGCGUCCGCUUCGACGACGCGUCGACGUUGUCGUCGCAGCUCAAGUGUGUGUUGACGGACCGCGUGGCGACGAUGGAGCACUCGCACGCGAGCCUGACGGAUGUCAAGCGAUGGAGCGGCAUCGAGGGCGACUUGUUCGACACGUUGCUUGUGUAUCAAAGCGUUGAGGAUUCGCAUGCGUCCGUUGCCAUCGACGAUUUUGUUGAAAUGUCCUCAGUGUCGGACGGAAAGGGGUCGACGGAAUUUUCCGUCGAGAUGGUUGUUGAACCAUCAGAGUUCGUCUUGACUGUCACUGCUUUCUUCAACAAUUCACGCAUUUCACGAUGGCAGACGUCGUCCAUUCUGCUCGAGUUCGAGCACUCUCUGUGUCAAGCCGUCGAUGCCUUAUCAUGUGACUGUUCCAGCGAGGUAUUGUGGUGUCUUCGCCCAUUUGAAGUCGAGAUUAUCGAGGACUCGAGCUCUGGGUCGGUUGUCCCUCUGCCGUUCGAGUUGUUACACCACGAAUUUGAACAGCGUGCGACAAGGCACCCAGACUAUCGCGCGAUCGAGUUCGAAGACAAGGCAUUGUCGUAUGGCGAACUGAAUGCGCAGGCGAACGCGCUUGCUUGGGAUCUUGCUGCCUUAGGUGUAUGUGUCGGAUCUUGUGUUGCUGUGAUCAUGGAGCGCUGUCUGGAGUUUCCAGUUGGUUUGCUGGCGGUGCUUAAAGUUGGCGGUACAAUGCUUCCAUUGGAUGCAGACUUUCCUCCCAGUCGUCUGCUAUACAUGCUGCGAGACUCGAAUGCUUGCGCUGUUGUUACGACGGAAACGUGUCGAAAUCGCAUUGAAAUCUUGAAAACCGGCUUGCCUGUGGUGUUUCUGCCACCUACGAAGGUACUCAUGGCUGGCCAGGUUUUUCAGCCAAAGAAGGAACAUUUGGCAACACGACACAACGAAGCGUACAUUGUGUACACGUCUGGAUCAACUGGACAGCCAAAAGGCGUACCUGUGUUGCACGUCGGCGCCGUAAACGUCGUGCAAGGUGCCUCGGCAACCGCAAUUGGAUAUGUCGAAGGCGCCCGAGUGUAUCAGUUCUUGGCGAUUGGGUUUGACGGAUUUCAGUUUGACUUGUGGAAGACCUUGUCCCAUGGUGCAACGUUGGUGCUACGAAGCCCCAACGGCUUCGACGCGAUGAAAACAGUCGACGUCAUGCUGUGCACCCCCACAGCGUUGGGUCAAUUGGGCGACCCAACUCAAUACCCAAACUUGAAGGUGGUUUGUGUUGGUGGCGAAAGCUGUCCGCUGCCGCUUGUAAAGGUGUGGUCGCGCCACGUUAAGCUCCUGAACUUGUACGGGCCAUCGGAAUGCGCCAUCGUGACACAUUUUGGACAACUUCAUCCCGACAAACCAGUCACGAUUGGCAAACCCAUUGACAACGUGAGCUGCUAUAUCUUGGAUGCCAAACUUCGCCGUGUGCCCGUUGGAGUUGCGGGCGAAAUGUACCUUGGCGGCAUGUGUGUCUCCCGUGGCUACAUCAAUUUACCCGCGCAAUCCAAGCAUGCAUUCAUCCAAGACCCAAUCUCGGGCAAUGGUUUGAUGUAUCGAACUGGUGACGUUGGUCGACUGCUCUUGAAUGGAGACUUUGAAAUCUUGGGACGGCGCGACAGUCAGGUUAAAUUGAAGGGAUACCGUGUCGAGCUGGAUGAAGUUGCCGAAGCCAUAAUGCGGUUUGACGAAGUUUCGAUGGCCACUGCCGUUGUGAAGGACAAAACGCACCUGGUAGCGUAUUUCGCUCCAGCGACUGUCGACUUGAGUGCUCUAAAAGACUUCGUCGCCGGCUAUCUUCCUGAUUACAUGAUUCCUGCCACUUGGGUGGGUUUGGACACCUUGCCAAUGAAUUGCAACGGCAAGAUUGACAAAAAGGCAUUGCAAGGAAUGGACAUUGCUGUGGAAAUCGACGCUUUGGUAAGUGACCUCGAAGUGCAACUUGCAGCGGUGUGGGCCAGCGUUUUGGGAAUCAGCAUGCAAGUCAUUGGCCGCGACACAUCGUUCUUCGCAUUGGGUGGUGACUCGCUGUCUGCUGUGAAGACCGUCAGCGCUUGCCGCAAACUAGGCUUCAACCUCACGGUCGCCCAGUUGGUGAAAGCAAAGACCGUUUCUCGGACAGCUUCAUUGAUGGCGCGAAAUGUGGCUGCACAAUACCCUUCGGCAGCUCUCCCUCGACAUGUGGUCACGUCGGAUAUCAUCGCUCAGCUGGGCUUUCAUGAUGCAACGGUGUAUCCAGUGACGCCACUUCAAGCAGUCAUGCUCCAAGAAACUGUCGAGAACCGUGAGGCGUAUUUGCUUCAAAUGGUGCUCGCAAUGCCACAAGACAUGGAUGACCAAGCGUUGUUUGACGCUGUCAAGAGAGUUGUGCAGCACAACGAAAUUCUUCGAACGUCGUUUGUUGCCGUCGACUCAACGUUUUAUCAAGUCAUUCGAUCCACUGUCGACGAUCUGUCGUUCAUGUCUGUUGGCCACACAACUCUCGAGGUUUUUCUUCGUGCGGACCGAAGGGUUGGGUGUACACCUGGCGAUCGCAAUUUCGUUCGAUUUGCGAUUGUCCGCGAUGAUGCUUGCCAACGACACGCCGUCCUUUCGAUUCAUCACGCUCUGUAUGAUGGGUGGUCACUCAGCAUGGUCACUUCAGACAUCCUUAACGCGUAUGCCACCAAUUCGGUGGCCAUGCGACCACAAUUUCGAGCAGUGGUCAACUACAUUGAGGCGACAAAGCAAGAGUGCCGUGCGUUUUGGACAUCGUAUUUGCGUGGCGCGCCAUUAUCGCUGCAAACGACGUGGCCAUCCGACCUUGACACGCCAGUAGAACACAGCAAUACCGGCGUUGCCACUUCCCGAAGCUUGCGUUUGUCCGCCACCGAACUUACAGAAACGGCUACCGGCGCUGGCAUCGCGCUGUCGACUCUACUUCAGUUUGCUUGGGCUACGACGUUGCAAAACUAUACCAAACGGGCUUACGUGACGUUUGCCCUCACAUUGGCCAACCGAAGUAUUCCUGUUCAGAACGUCGACCGGAUGAUGGGGCCGUUGAUCAACGACGUACCGUGCCGUGUUGAGUUCACGAAUCCAGACGAUUCGCUUCAGACGUCGCUGGACAAAUUUCAGUCGGAACACAGCGCGUUGCUGUCGCACGCAUUUGCCAGCUUGGACGAGAUCAAGGCGUGGAGUGGAGUGGAAGCAACUUUGUGCGAUUCGUUGUUUAUGUUUCAGAACUUUGCACCCGAGCCAAGCGACAACAAGCUCGAAUUCCACCCGAUCGUGGCCGAUCACGGGACAAGUAAUAUUGGAGGCGCCGUGCACACGUACGCGUUUACUUUGGUGGUCGAACCGACCGCAACUGGCGCACUUGAAGUCCAUGGCACAUUUGACCCGACCAAACUUACUGCAACUCAAACUCACAUCGUCUUACGCGACUUAGACGACACACUGAGUCGUUUCCACGCCGUUCUCCGCACCAACAGACGGCAUUAAGAGUAUAAUUUGUGAGUUCCACGCAUGACGAAAAAUCGAUUGAUGUUGUGGAUGUGCUGACAUGUUAAUGCCGUUCAAUCAAGACAAUGACCAUUACAAUUUAGUCAUUUCAAGGGGACGGAUGAUCUGCUUGCGCGUCUGUAGGACCC